GGUGCCAGUAUCCCCCACCUCGAAGAAGCUGUCGACAAUCUUGUCAGUGGUGGCGGCCUGGGAGCGGAACUGCUGCUGGAGGUGCUCAACUGAUGCCAUCAGCUGCAGGGAUCGCGGAAGUAGUCAAGGUCCAGGGCGAUGAGUUUCAGCAGUGCCUCCAGCACGUACACGCACAGGAAGACGGCGUCCAUGGCGGAGAAGAACCACUCUGAUGGGCCUGUUGCAAAACCAGGAAAAUAUCUAGAUGAGCUGAUGUACCCCUGGAAGACCUCGGCGUACCCCCAGGAGUAUGCAUACCCCUGGCUGAGAACCACUGAGUUAGAUGACAGCUGAGUGGUGACCCAUCAUGUCCAGCACUUCCAUCUCACCCUGUAAGCUCCCUUCACCAGGAACCAAACUUGGGUUCCCUGAGUACGGCUUCCUGGGAGUGUCGGAGAAGAUCAUGCUGUUCCGGCACGACACCGCGUCAGAGAAUGUGCUGGAGCACUUGGGGCCGGACGGUGUGGUGCGCCCUGGGGACCUGAUUGAGGUCGUGCUGUCGGCCUCAGUUUCUUUGGAUUUCACUAUCCGGCCCCAUGUGCUGCUUGUUCACUCCUACAAGGCCCCGGCCUUCUGCGACUACUGUGGGGAGAUGCUCUGGGGGCUGGUGCGCCAAGGGUUAAAGUGUCAAGGCUGUGGGCUGAAUUAUCACAAGCGCUGUGCCUUCAAGAUCCCCAACAACUGCCGCGGUGUGAGGAGGAGCCAGCUGGCCAGUCGCUCACUGGGCGCUACCACCAGCCCCAAGACCCCUGGCCUUGGCCAGACUGUGGGGGGCAGCCUGGAGGAGAUCAGUCACUGGAAGUGGGGCCAGCAGACACAGGGUCCUGUGCUGAUUGGCCGCCCGCUCUGGAAGGACUGGAUGGAUCUGAACCGGGUCAAGGUGCCACACACCUUCCAGGUCCACUCGUACACCCGGCCCACCGUGUGCCAACACUGCAAGCGCCUGCUCAAGGGGCUCUUCCGCCAGGGGUUGCAGUGCAAAGACUGUAAAUUCAACUGCCACAAGCGCUGCGAGCAGUUCGUGCCGGAAGAGUGUGUGGGGGAGGGCCUGGCCCCUGGCACAGCAGAUGGCGAGAGCCCAGAGUGCCCAUCUAGCAAGCCAGAGCCAGUGGAAGGGGAGGCAGAUGGGGAGGGCACCAGUGGGCACGGGCUGGCAGAGGACACAGAGGAGACAGAGCCCAACCCUGGGACUCUAGAGGCAGAGAUGCACACCAGCCUCAGCCCCUGUUUCAGUAGCUACAUCCCCUUGAUGCGGGUGGUGCAGUCCUGCCGGCACACCAAGAGGCGGCGCAGCGCCAUCCUGCUGGAGGGAUGGAUGGUGCAUUUCACCAGCAGGGACCCCAUGAGGAAGCGCCAUUUCUGGGUGCUGGACAGUAAGAGCCUGAGCUUCUUCCACUGUGAGAGCGGAGGCAAGUUCUACAAGGAGCUGCCGCUGUCUGAGAUCCUCCAGAUCCGCCCCUGGGAGGGGCUGACACCCCUGGCCCCCAGUGGGAGCCCCCCCUGCUUUGAGCUGGUGACGGAGGCCCUGGUGUACUACGUGGGCGAGCACAGCAGUGAGCGGGAGCCAGGGCAGGUCUGGGCGAGGGCGGAGGCUGGAAAGGCCUGGGCCAGGGCCAUCCGCCAGGCCCUAUGGCCUGUGAACCCCGAGCCCGACGGCUCUGUCCAGGAGCCCAAUUCUGACUAUGAGUCCCCAGAUGACACGGACAUCAGCCGUUCCUAUCAGAUCUUCCCUGACGAGGCGCUGGGCGCUGGGCAGUUCGGGGUGGUGUACGGCGGAAAGCACAGGAAAUCUGGCCGGGAUGUGGCCAUCAAAGUCAUCGACAAGCUGCGCUUCCCCCCCCGGCAGGAAAAUCAGUUCCGCAAUGAGGUCUCUAUCCUGCAGAGCCUGCACUCCCCCUGCGUGGUGCACCUGGAGUGCAUGUUCGAGGGCCCUGCCCGGCUCUUCGUGGUGAUGGAGCGGCUGCGUGGCGACAUGCUGGAAAUGAUCCUGUCCAGCGAGACUGGGCGGCUGCCUGAACCCCUUGCCAAGUUCCUCAUUGCCCAGAUCCUGUCUGCCCUGCACCACCUGCACUCCCGGAACAUCGUGCACUGUGACCUCAAGCCAGAGAAUGUGCUGCUGGCCUCGGAUGAGCCCUACCCCCAGGUGAAGCUCUGUGACUUUGGCUUCGCCCGCAUCAUUGAGGAGUCGUCAUUCCGGCGCUCAGUGGUGGGGACCCCAGCGUACCUGGCGCCCGAAGUGCUGCGGCAACAUGGCUACAACCGUGCCCUGGACAUGUGGGCCGUGGGCGUCAUCAUCUACGUCAGCCUGAGCGGGACCUUCCCCUUCAACGAGGAGGAGGACGUCAACGAUCAGAUCAAGAAUGCAGCCUUCAUGUACCCCCGGCAGACCUGGGCCAGCAUCUCCCUUGAGGCUGUCAGCCUCAUCCACCAGCUGCUGCAGGUGAAGCUGAGGAAGCGACUGAGUGUGAACAAGGCGCUGAACCACCCCUGGCUGCAGGAUUUCCAGACCUGGCUGGCCCUGCGGGAGCUGGAGACCCAUGUGGGGCAGCGCUACCUCACCCAUCCAAGUGACGACGCCCGCUGGAAGCGCCUUGCCCAUGAGCAGGGGCUGGCCUGGCCAUCAGGGCUCACCACUCAGCCCAGCCUGGAGGAGGAAGGGGACAGCGACAAUACAGGCGAGGGAAGCUGAGCCCUCCCCCAGGACUCACUCAUGGGAAAGAGGGAGGGGGGGCUGGGACCCCUUAGCACAACAUCGCCCCCAUAAACUGAUUUCCCCAAAUUUAGCACCAUGUGGUCUGUGCAGGGUGUGCGCCCAUCUUGCUGGAGCCUGUUCACACGUGGGGGGUGUCACAGGCUCAGAUUCCCCUGCACAAAUGCUUCCCUAGCUCAGACUCUCUCCAGCAUGAAAUCCCGCAUUCUGAGCCACAGGUCCACCAUGGUGCAUGCCUCCCCUUCCCCAUUGAUCCUUUCCACCCUAGUAUCCCCAGUCCACUGCUC